AGAGAGCAAGAAUGUGUAUGAGAAAGAGACGGAGAGAAAAGAGAAGGAGGGAAGUGGGUGGGCACUCCUCACUCAGCUCUUUCUCUCUCUCUCUCUCUCUCUCUCUCUCUCUCUCUCUCUAUUUCUCUCUCUUCCUCUGAGCCAAGUCUCUGCAUACAUGUGGGCAGAGCGCGUCUAAUGAGGUCUCAGCGCUGGGGGAAUACAGAGAGUGAGGAAGUCAGCUGGACAGCAGAUAGAAGCAAGAGCUCCAGGAGUCAGAGAAGAGAAAGAGAGAGGGACAGAGAGAAAGUGAGGGACAAAAGGAAAGGGUGCUGGGGGAGAAGGGGCUGCUUAGAGAGCUUUGUUUUUCCUCCUCUUACUCUCCCUUCACCUCCGUCUCGUGCCGUUGCCUCACCGCUGGGAGUCCUGAGAUGGAGCGGGUCCAGGCGAAUGGAGAGGUGUUUGGGCAGCAGCAGGCGGAGGCUGCCCUGCUCUCUGACCAAGAGAAGGACAUGCUCCAGGACACAUGGGCUGUGGUCUUCCAGAACAGUGAAGCAGCAGGGGUCGCCGUCCUAACUAGGCUUUUUGUGAAGUUUCCUUCAUCCAAGAAGUACUUUAAGGACUUCCAGCACAUGGAGGACCCUGAGGAGAUGGCCCAGAGCACCCAGUUUAGGAAGCAUGCUGUGCGGGUCAUCAAUGGCAUCAACACGCUGGUGGAGAACAUCCAUGAUGCCACUAAGGUGGCCUCAGUGCUGAAGCUGGUGGCCAAAGCACACGCACUCCGACAUAAGGUGGACCCGGUGUACUUCAAGAUCAUUGGAGGAGUGAUUCUGGAGGUGCUGCUGGAAGCCUUUCCAGACACGUUCCAUCCUGCCGAGGUCCAGGGGGCCUGGUCAAAACUCAUGGGCGUGCUGUACACCCACGUGACUCGUGUCUAUGCUGAGCUGGGGUGGGUAUAGGCCACCAGCCCCACUGACACCUACUCAGGCAUGUUUUGUGUGGCUCGCUGUGCCAAAACGACACCAAAGUCUCAACGGACUUGUCAGAUAGGCACCUUUGGUCCCUCGUUCCUCUGCAUUGGGACUGCAGAAGACCGCCGUGUUGAAUGUCAAUGCAUGGGGUCAGCUCCACAUUCCUUCCCACCCAGCAUCAUACUUCUGGGGGACUUUUCCCAUGCCACUGUGCAACUGUGGUGCACUGCCGUGGAAUGUGUGGCCACGUCCCUGUGUUAUGCAAACACGUACAGUAUGUCUGCAUGUGUGUGGGAGUAAGUGAGUGAGUGAGUGUGUGUGUGUGUGUGUGUGUGUGUGUGUGUGUGUGUGUGUGUGUGUGUGUGUACGUAUGGGUUAAGGGAGACUGUGCAUGUGGGAGAGAGAGAGGAAGUGUAUGUUUCUAUAGAUGAAGUGCUGAUAAAGAAAGCUUUUUACCCCUGCGAAAAUGAAGAAUCUACAAUUCACAGGAAUCCAUCUCCGCCUGCUCUGUCCUCACAUGGUGUUUUGAUGGUGUCAAACAAAUCUUCAGAAAUCUAGACAUUUAAGUUUACAUGGACUACCAUAAUGACAACACUAACAACAACAAAAUGAAAAGAAACAACAAAAUGUCAGUAAUCUACCAAAGUCCUGCCUAUACCCUAUAAACUACAUUCUGCGGAUAUCUAGCAACAUAAAGUUGGUGAACUUUAAGGAAAGCCAAACAUACCUUUUCCAUGGUAACUAUUUUGUUAUCAGUUAUUUGUGCACUGGACCAUUUUAUCUUCCCUUCAAACAUGUUUUAAUAAAUGUGUACAAACCUUUUUUGAAUCCACAUUCCUGGAGCUGAAUUAUGUGACAGUUGAAGAGAGAUAUAAGAUCUGGCGUGGGUGAAGCAUUUUUUCCUUGGCAUGAACAUGACCGAAAGGUAACCACUAUGAUCUUGUGUGCAAAUAACUCAAUCUUUUUGUAUCAUUAUCAAACAUUCCAUGUCUAAGUGGCAUAUUUCACGCACUAAAUAUUUGAGGUAUUUUGUAUUGAUCAUGUAGAUACUAUUUUAGGACGUCCAGAACCUGGACCCUAACAACUCAUGUUGAUGUUGUCUAUGUUAUCUGUUAUGCACAAUGUUUGUAUCACAGAAAGAGUCAUUUGAAUGUCCAUUAGAAUUAGAGCUUCCGCUUAGAAAAGAAAUGUUGAUGUACCUGUUCUGUUUUAUUUUUCUAUAUGGUAUUUACUUGUGAGACUCUAAGUUUAUCUAAAGCCUGUUAUCAUUAUCCUUCUGAAUAUGGAGGUACAACUUAAAAAUAUAUAUAUAUAUUAUGCAGUUCUAAAACAUAUUCUGGAAAAUGUAUGUCUUACAAGUAGUGUUAUAAAAUGUCUUACUGCCAUUUGGAUAAUGAACACGUCACUGUCUGUAUGAUCAAACUGGUAUUAUAACCCUCUCUGUACUGGAAAUGUGUAUAUCAUCUAUUAAAUUGAACAAAUUACAA